GUAAUACAGGUUCACUGCUUUAAAUCCUCACUUAAUAGCACCUGUCCAGACCAGAUGAUUACAGAUACCAAGAGUUAUAGCAGCUUCCUUCUUAUAUGUAACUCUUGUUAUAGGUGCUGGAACUGGUUUGUUCUGUGGAAGGUAUACUUUUACCACACAGGAAGUGUUCAUUUGUGGGUCUGGACUGAGCAGACAAGAGCCUUUAUCCUGUGAACCUGGCUUAGUCACACACAAUCUAAUGCUUUUUACACCAGCGAGUGGAGGCUACGAGUUUAUUCAAAGAAACCCUUUUCCCAAUAUAAUUAAUGAGAGGAUGCUGUCACUUCAACUCCAAAGUUGGUACUUUUUUCAGCAAACAGCAAAAGCUAACAGCAAGUUCCACACAUGUUCAAACUAGUUUUACUGGUUUACUCGUUGAUUUAUUGCUGGAUGUUUGUGUGUGGGCUUGAAAGCCGUUGAGUUGGAGAUGUUGUGGAUAAUUGUCUCCGUCUCAUCCACUCUGGUUUUGAACUUGAUUCUCCCGAUGCUUCAUCCCGUCCAGACUUAAGAAGCUCGGCUGCCCUGAGGCAGUCGUCCUCCAAGGUUUCCUCCUUCGCGCUGUUCCUCAGUUUUGUCCAGACUGACUGAGUGUCAGCCAUGUCUUCUGCCCAACCUGGGGUUUUUAAACACAUUUUGUGCCUAUACGCUCAUUGGUCACUUUACUGUGUAAUCAACAUCUUCCAUCACACAUACCAAGUACACGUGAACAGUCUUGACCUGAACUUCUCAUUUUGACUUCCUCUGAACAUUCCACCAGACCCUGUUGUUCUGCAAAAACUUAGAUCGAGCGGGAUUGCAAGAAUUCAGUUUACACAUCAGUUUUCUCAAAACAGGCACCUACUGUAGCCCUGCUUCGAACCUUACUUUAUUCUAGUCAACCUUACCUUUAGUCAACAAUUCCUCAUAUGCAUUAGUCCCAUACAAAAUCAUCAGGCAGUUUACCAUCUAUUGUUUCAAUAACUUAUCACUGAUUGACCCCCUGAAAAUCAUUCUUAAAAUAAUGUCAUAUCAUUAGCAAUCGAUUGAAUAUAAGAAUCAACACCAUAGUAAAUAAAUCAACAUCAUUAGAAUCAUCAAUAUAAGAAUCAACACCAUAGUAAAUAAAUCAACAUCAUUAGAAUCAUCAAUAUAAGAAUCAACACAACUGGCAAUUGCAAUUUAAGAUUACACACAACAGGAAAUUCUGCUUGCUUGAUCAUUUCUUUCCACCCCCUUUGCUUCUGAUCAUCUGUUAGUCGAAGGUAAAAACUGGCUGUUCUCCAUUCUUCUGCUGACUUCCUCUAACUCUAACCAGCUGCUGAUGCCGCAAUUCUGCCUGCACCAUUCUCUUCAUCAUUCUCUUGUCCAAAAGUGCAGGCCACAAAACAUGUGGGCGUGUGUCAAACAGCAACAACACAUUCAAAUAGUCCCAAGAGGCAACCACUCUAUAAACAUUCCUUGAAGUUUUAUUGAAAAACACAGGUAUAUACAUUAAAAAAAUACCCUAAAGCCACACACACAAGGUAAAACACAUGUUCUAUUGAUUACUUACGAAAAGUGUUUUAAGCUGCAAUUACACUUUCAAUGUUGGGAUAUUUUAGUUCUUCAAUAAUGUUAAGCUCCGGGGUGCUUUGCAGUGAUGGACUCAACUGAUUUUCUUGAUGCACAGAUAUGUAGGUAAUAAUAACUUCUACAUCAUAACAUUCAUUCAGGCUUUUACCGAAGGUUUUCCGCAAUUUGAUUGUUGAGGAAUUUGCUUGUUGAGUAAUCCUGACAACGCGCCUCCUACUGUACGUGGACGAGCGCCGCGACGCUGCGUGGAGGGAACCGUCUGAGGAUCUGCACCAUGUCCGACCAGAUGUACGUCCUUUACCGUGGAAUUCUUGUUCCCACGCUGACUCACACGCUUGCGAGUUUGAAGUUCGCGCAGGAUUUCACCUUUCGAGACGAUGACGUCUUCGCCGUAACGUACCCGAAGUCAGGCACAAUCUGGAUGCAGGAAAUCCUGCCGCUGGUGCUGAACGAGGGGGACUUGACGCCCAUCCGAACCAUUCCUAACUGGGACCGGGCGCCCUGGCUGGAGGAGACGAGGCUGGCCGUGGUCGUGGACCAGCUCAAAUCUCCUCGCGCGCUGGUCACGCAUCUUCCCUACGGCCUCAUGCCCCCGUCCUUUCACACCUCCAAAGCCAAGGCGAUCUACGUCAUGAGGAACCCCAUGGACAUCCUGGUGUCUUCUUACUACUUCCACCAGAUGGCGGCAUUUUUGGAGGAUCCGGGAACGUUCGAUGAGUUCAUGGACAAAUUCCUGGAGGGCAGAGUGAUGUUUGGAAAAUGGACGGACCAUGUGAAAAGCUGGAGAGGUUCAGACCUGGGCGACAGAAUAAUGUUCAUCACUUAUGAAGAACUAGUUGAGGACCUGCCCGCAUCUGUCCGGCGCAUUUCAGCUUUCACGGGCAAGAACCUGGAUGAGGACACGGUUCAGACGAUAGCGAAGAACUGCACCUUCAGUAGCAUGAAGUCCAACCAAAUGUCCAACUUCAGCCUGGUGCCGAAGACGUACAUGGACCACGACAAAUCCCCGUUCUUCAGGAAAGGAGUUGUUGGAGACUGGAAAAACCAUUUCAGCUCGGAGCAGGUGUCUCGAUUCGCAGCAGUCAUUCGCAAAGAGCUGGAGGGUGCGAGCUUCUCUUUGCCGUGGAGCCUGGAGUAACGAACAUCUGGAUCACACCAACAAAUGACUGUUUGAACCCUUCAAUGAUCUUAUUGCACCUUAAAGCUACCAGGCUAAUUAGUUAUGUUAUCAACCUCAUACUUCCUUGUACUAAUUACUCAGUAACAGAUCUAUACUCGUGUACGUUUAGUAUGUAUUCAGACAAAGCAACAGAUGCAUUGUUUCCAGCAGCUGUUUUUUCCAUCCUGACAACCCAGAGGUGAAGAGGUUCAUGUCAACAUGAGUGUUUGCUUCAGAAGAUCUAAUUAACUACAAAACGACCCAAUCAACCCAAAGUUAUGAGUCCCUGUGCAAUUUAAUAUAAAAACAAUAAAUAAAAUACAAUUUUGUAUUAGGUGCUAGCA